CCCGGCCUUGUUUCUGGUUCCGCGCUGCGGGCGCCCAGGACGCUACUCUCCUGCGGGCGGCGGAUGAGGACAUGGCUGCCGUUUUGCAGCGCAUUGAGAAGCUGUCCAGUCGAGUGGUGCGCGUCCUAGGCUGUAACCCGGGGCCCAUGACCCUGCAGGGCACCAACACCUACCUGGUGGGGACCGGCCCCAGGAGAAUCCUCAUUGAUACUGGGGAACCAGAAAUUCCUGAAUAUAUCAACUGUUUAAAGCAGGCUCUGGCUGAAUUUAAUACAACAAUCCAGGAAAUCCUAGUGACUCAUUGGCACCGAGAUCAUACUGGAGGCAUAGGAAAUAUUUGUAAAAGCAUCGAAAAUGACACCAAAUAUCACAUUAAGAAACUCCCACGGAAUCCUGAAAGAGAAGAAAUUAUAGAAAAUGGAGAGCAGCAGUAUAUAUAUCUGAGAGAUGGAGAUGUAAUUAAGACUGAGGGUGCCACUCUAAGAGUUAUAUACACACCUGGCCAUACUGAUGAUCAUAUGGCUCUAUUUUUAGAAGAGGAAAAUGCUGUCUUUUCUGGAGAUUGCAUCCUUGGGGAAGGAACAACUGUAUUUGAAGACCUCUAUGAGUACAUGAAUUCCCUAAAACAGUUAUUGAAAGUCAAAGCCAGUAUUAUCUAUCCAGGACAUGGGCCAGUAGUCCAUAAUGCUGAAGCUAAAAUUCUACAAUACAUUGCUCACAGAAAUGCCCGAGAACAGCAAAUUCUUACAGUACUUCGUGAGAACUUUGAAAAAUCAUUUACAGUAACAGAGCUUGUAAAAAUUAUAUACAAGAAUACUCCUGAGAAUUUAUAUAAAGUGGCUGAAUAUAAUGUUUCACAUCACUUGAAAAAAUUAGAAAGAGAAGGCAAAAUAUUUUGCAACACAGAACCUGACAAGAAAUGGAAAGCUCAUCUUUAGAUUCAGAUUAAAGACUUUUUUGUUUUGUGUUUAGAAAAUAAUAUUGAUGAAUUAUUUUCAGAGAAUAUGUGUUGGAAAUAACCAUAGAAACUUUUAAAUAAUAUAUUUAUUCUACAACAUGUCAUUGCAUCUAUAAUACUGGGUAUUUAUAUAACAUUUCACAUAAAAAAUCAGAAUCUUAACACCUCACCCAUUAUCAACAAUGGUAAAAUGGUUACAAUAAAAGUAAUAAAAGUC